UUGAGAGAGAGAGAGAGAGAGUGGGAGAGGGAGAGUUUUUUCUUUACGUAGCGCGCCGCGCACACACACCCUCUCACACAGACACAGAUAUGACCAAGACAGCAGCAAUAGCAGCAAAGGACUUCUCCAGUAUGUGGUUGCCAGAUAUCAGGAUGUCAAAGCCAGUAGAGGUUGAGAAAGUAGGGGCUGACUCACCCUUGGAGGGCACAGAUUCAGAGCGGAAUGGACCUGAAUCAAAUCACCAGGCUCAGUCAAUGAAAGUCAACCCCUUUCCCCUUUCACCCACCCUGAGCAGCAGCAAGACUAAGAUGGAGGAAUGUGGUGAGAUGUCCCCGGCCCUUCCUCUCUCUCACGGCCCGACCCCUUCACAGACGGCCCUGCAACAUACACAGCUCAUGCUGACCGGCUCCCAGCUAGCAGGGGACAUCCAGCAGUUGCUGCAGCUCCAGCAGUUGGUGUUGGUGCCCGGCCACUCGCUCCCAUCUCCUGCCCAGUUCCUCCUCCCACCGGCACAGCAGGGCCAGCAAGGACUCCUAUCAACACCAAAUCUCAUUUCGCUACCUCAGCAAAACCAAGGGAGCCUGCUGUCUGCUCCAAAUAGAAUGGGACUCCAAGCACAGCGAGAUAAGAGUGUGGAGGUGAGCGGUGUGACCACAGUGCCCUCAGUGACCUCUCACCCCGAGGAGCCCAGUGACCUGGAGGAGCUGGAACAGUUUGCCCGCACUUUCAAACAGAGACGCAUCAAACUGGGCUUCACACAGGGAGAUGUUGGUUUGGCCAUGGGGAAGCUGUAUGGCAACGACUUCAGUCAGACCACAAUCUCUCGCUUUGAAGCCCUCAACCUGAGCUUUAAGAACAUGUGCAAGCUGAAGCCACUGCUGGAGAAGUGGCUCAAUGAUGCAGAGACCAUGUCCAUAGAUAGUACCCUGCCCAGCCCCAGCUCCCUGUCCUCUCCCACUUUGGGCUUUGAUGGGGUUCCUGGUCGCCGCAGAAAGAAGAGAACCAGCAUCGAGACGAAUGUACGCGUGGCCCUGGAACGCGCAUUCAUGACGAACCAGAAGCCUACCUCAGAAGAGAUCCUGCUGAUCGCAGAGCAGCUCAACAUGGAGAAGGAGGUGAUCCGGGUCUGGUUCUGCAACCGCCGGCAGAAAGAGAAACGCAUCAAUCCCUCCAGUGCCACCCCUCCCCUGCCCAGCCAGCCCCCCACUGCCCCACCAACGCACAAACCACCCUGCUACAGCCCUCACAUGAUGUCCAGCCAGCUGUCGCAGGCCGUGACCAGUCUCAGCACAACAGUGACCACCAUGUCCCCCGUCUGCCCCCUGACUUCCAGCCUCACCUCCACCCACCCCUCCCUCAGCUCCGCACCCUCCCCGGUGACUCCUCCUCCUCCCCGCAGCACGGCCAGCCCAGCCACUCCCAGCCACAGCACACUCAACCUUAACACAGGCUUAUGGCGUAUGGGUAAAAAGAACGGUGACGUGUCUAACUACAUCACCGAUUUUGCUGCAAACUUGAGGAACACUGUGAUGGGAGUUAACACAGGGAUGAACCAAGCCCUCCUCGGUAACAAUCCCCUGGCCACUAUCCAAGCCCUAGCAGCCAGUGGUGGCCAGCUGCCUCUUUCCAGUCUUGAGGGGGCCAGUAAGGUGAUGCUGGGGGCCUCUGGGGGCCAGGCAGGGGGCCUCCCCUCCUCCCUCUUCCUCAACCACCCCGCCCUCCUCCACAUGGGCCAGAACCCCGGUGCCGGAAUGGUCAGCGCCGCCGUAGCCAAAGCCUCCCAGGCCUCCCCCUUCCCCUCGGCCAGCAGCAUCAGCCCCACCCCCUGCUCCCCUUCCCCCUGCUCCAGCCCCGCCUCUUCCUGCUCCUCCAGCGAAAUGGCACACAGCCCGCCCUCUCUGGGCGGGGCCAAGAUUGAGUGACCGCGCCAAGGGCCAAUCAGAGAGGAGGAGGGAGAAGGAAACGAGAACCUCGCCUUUCACACCAAAGCUAUCUCUUUCUCUCUCUUGCGCUCUUCUUCCGUUAUUUUUCUCACAAUGGCUCUCUCUCUCUUUCUCUCCCAGUCUUUCGAUGCCAAAAAUACACAGAAUGAAAGAGGAGAGAGGGAGGGAGAGAAGUGAAGGAGGGGAGAAGGGGGGAGAAGGGGAAGAUUGAAACCAAAAAUCUUUAUCUAUCCAAACCGAUGGAGAGGAGGCAACGUGGGACCUUUUUGUCAAUAACACGUGAUAUCGACAUGGUGCCUCUGCACUCUUUCUCUCUGAGGGAAAACAAACCAAUGACUCUUUAACAAAGAGACGGAAGAGACGGCGGAGAAGCAUGUCGAAGUGCAUAAACCAAAAAUGACAAAAGAUAACUUUACUAUGUGACAAAGGAAUGGCGGCAAGGACAAAAAAAAAAUGGAGAGGAGGACUGUGCUUACGUUUUCCCUUUUUUUAAAUUAUUUUCGAAAAGCUGCGGGUCUGAAGGAAGAGGAGUAGGGAGGAUAAGUUUAAACCAAAAAUUUACCUGAGGAGGAGGCGGAGGAGGAAUACACAAUGACAAAAAAAAACAAAAAACAAAAAAAAACGACAACCAUACCAAAAUCCCAAAUACCAAAAACCAAAAAUACGGAGAGAAAAGCUUUAUUCAAAGGACGUGUAAAUACUGAAGCUAUCCAGGACCAGGACUCUACUGCUACUGCUACUCACACACACACACCAACACACACAUCAAGAGCCAAUCCAUCCUGCCAUCGACUCAUCCUGUCUGUGUCAACUCAUGUGUCUCUUAUAGGUUUUCAUGCUAGAUAUAUUGAAUAAUUUUGUAAAAGAUUGUUACUGAAUGAGUCGAGAGCUCAUGUUUGAAUGAUUGCCGCUGUAUCUUCACGUUAGUCUCUUUACCUACCUCUGGUUCGAAGAGCAUAGAAUAGCUUUCCUCUCUCUUUUAUUAUUCCACGUUUCCUUGACAGAGGCUUGUUAUUCAGUAUCUAUUUUUUACACUUUGAGAAGUACAGUUGGAAUUUGUUUUUUGUAAUUAUUUAUUAGUGCCAUUUUACAAUCCAACUCCUAUUUAUUGUUGCAGCUUGUUUUAGCGUUAGCUUCUGCAGUGUGAUCAUCAUCAGUGUCAUCAUCAUCAUCGUCCUCAUCAUAUGCAUUUGUGUUGUCUUUCUGUUUUGUUUCUAACUGUUCUGCAGGAACAGAGAUGACGCAGGUGAAAAGACACUCACCAAGUGCCAUAGAUCCAAAAUAGAGUUGGCACGCUGCGAGAUGAUUUCGAGGUGUGAAUGAAUUUGUUAAGACCUAAACAUGUGACAUUUUGCGCUGUUAAUCAGACCGCUCUUUCCUCACUCUUAAAGAUAACCCAUUAUCGGUGACUCCGUGGCUAAAUGAAACAUGCCCUGGGAAAAACUUCACACGCUGAAAAUUGACAUUUGUUAAGAGUGGUCGACCAUUUUUGAAAGUAUGAAAUAGGGCCGUGAUUGGAGAUUUGAAGUAAUAACCAUUGAGACUGAAGGCUAAAUAAGUCAAUAAAGCCAAGUUUAGUCACAGCCGGCUCUCAUUCCUGCCUCGUCAAUCAGCAUAGACGCCCCCGACACCUGUCUGUCUAGACAUGUUUACUAGUAUUUGUCUGUUUCUAUCAUCGUUCCAUCGAUCACAUUUCACUGUCAUUUUCCACCUCAGACUGCCAUUAAUUCUCAAAUGGAAACCAAAGCAUUCUCAAGGCUGGGCUGUUCUUAAAGAGCCUCAGCCAAGACAUGUGAACACAAUAAAGACACAGAGGGGCUGAGAACAGGACGUCAGCCCCCCUGGUGGUAAUCCCCUCCACCUGGCCUGUCCUAAAAACCCACGGGGGAAGCUUUAUUUAGGGAACUGAUCCUUUACUCCGAACCCCCUGAACGAAGGGUACACUGGGGCAGGGCGAAGGAGGGACACACUGUAGUGAGGGGAGAAGGCGUCACACUUUUUUUUUUGUAAAAGGAUACCAAAAAUAAACCCAAACCAAAAAAAAAACCCAAACCCAAGGAAUGACAGAAGCAAACCAAAAAGAACCCUAACCAAAUGUGGCUGGAGGGAGGAGGGGAGGAGGACAAAGUGCAGGUGUUGAAAGAGGUGAAGCCGUCUGUCUGUCUGUUAGCUUUAGGGCUGCAGCAUUCGCCCCACUCUGAAACUGUGUAGCAUGGAUGGAGGGAUUGGACAGACAGGCGGACAGACAGAAGGACAGACAAUUCCUCCCCUCCUCUGCCUCUCCAGCUCAGCUCUCUGGUCCUGGAUGGAGCUAAACGCAAAUGACCUCACUGAACUGAAAUCUUCUAAAAAAAAAAAAAAUCUGUUUUUAUUUUUCUGUUGGUUGGUUCCGAUUGUUUUAUCUCUGCUGUGUCUCUUGAUGCCGUUUUAUGUACUGUACUUUAGUGCUUACUACUCAUUUGGAAUAACGUACUCGCUUACUUACUACAAGAGCUCCUUAUUUUUUUCGUAGUCGUGCUAGAGAUUUUUAUCAGGUGGUUGGAAAAAAUACUGUGAAAAUUUAGCUUCCAGAUUUUUAUUAGAUAAAGAAACAGACUGUCUUGGCAGAUAAAAAAAUACACACAAAAAGCCAAAAACAAAGAGUUGAAUAGCAAAACCUUAAAAAUGCCAAACCAAAUACUGAACCAAACCAAACACAGUAGAGAGGAACAUGUGCUGCCUUCUCUGCAUGAGGGCACAGAAAUGGGUCAAUUUGUCCGAGGUGACACUGCGUUUUUCUGUGUGAGUGUUAAUGGGAUGCCGAAUGGGUCCAAAAAAAGAAAAGUAAAAAGGGUCUGCAGUGAUGUCUUGUCAUUAAUUUUGACCCUAGAGACGGCUUAACACACAUGUCAGACGCAGAAUAACACACACAGCAGCGGCCUCAGUCAAGUUGACGGUUUGAGAGUUGGACGUAAACGUAUCCAAAGAAUAUUUGGUUUGAUCCACACCAGAAAACAGUCGACAUACGAGAAUCGUCUCACGAACCAAACUUUAGAUGUGGGGUUUGUACCUUAAAGGUGAAACCUUUUCUCCACAUUGACUCUUAGACGGAAUGUAUCUGUUAGUGCUUCUAUAGAUUUUGUAGAAAAAAGAUCUAUGUUCUACUGCUUACUUAUCGCUAAUGUAUUAAAAAGAAAAAACUUACAAAAAAGACUUUGAGAAAAAAAAGAUCCUAAAAAACAUUGAUGAUAAUAACUUGAUUUUAGACCAAAAAUUUUAACUAUCUCUCUUUGGACUUUUUUUUAUUUCUUCUUAUUAAUGAUGAUUUAGACUUUUGAUUGUACUAUUUAUUCAGGUUAGGGUUGUUGUUUUUUUGCUUAUCUUUUUUGUUGCCUUGCUAUUUAUUUGUUAAUUUAUUUCUAGAGGUGCUUUUUUCAUAUUCUGGGAUAUAUUUGUGAUGGAUUUUUUUUUUUUUUUGCCCCUUACUGAAGUUCUUUCUUGCUUCUUUAAACCAAAUAAUACCAGAAAUGCAACCACGGAUCCUGUAGGGACUUACUAAGAGAAUAUGGCUGAUUGGAUGGUCAGCCAUAAAGAUAUUCUCCUCCUCACUGAGACGACUCUCCUCUUAAAGGGGAGAGGAAGCUCACAGUCGUGAGAGGCAGCACUGUGCAGAUGAACACCUCAUUAUUUCCAGGACAAAGGAGGAAAAUGAAUUUGGUAGAGGCUUUGCGGACAGACUCAAGCCUUUGUUUCUCCUGGUAAUAAGACAGGAAAUGGCAAGUUGAAAUUCUGUUCUGAUGGAGAACACAUAAAUAUGAUUUAUGUGUGAAAAACUGCCUGAGUUACAGCAUGAGGUGUUCUUUCAGACGCGGUGCUGCUUCUGUUCUCGAUAUUUUCUCCACAGGGAGAACACACUGAAAGCUUUACAGCUACACAACCAAAAACACAAAAGAAGAAGAUCAACUGGGGCAAAGGCUGAAGUUUUUUACAUGAUAAAGAGGAAAGAAGGAGACAAGAGAGGAGAGGGUGAUUUUAGAUUCCCAGCUGUAAAUUGCCCUCUGACUUCUCACUUUGUCUCUUUCAGGGUUUGUUUUUUUUUGUCUCUUUUUCUUUCCACUUCUCUAGAAGUUGGUUUAAACUUUUUUCUUCAUCCACUGUAGGAUGUAAAAGAGAGAUAGUUCAUCAUAUACCUCAUAUUCUUUGAUGAUAAACCAAAUAGAUGAAUGCUUUAAAAUGCGGGGUUCAAGUGGGGAUCAGGGUACACGUGAACAGUGUGUUGGUGUGGCCGGGUGCAGACACAGUAAAGGUCUAUGGUCGUUGUCCUUAUGGAGGUAAACACAGAGGUUUGAGACUGAUCUGGGAACAGAUCAGCAACUGGAUUGCAGUUUUUCUCCGUGGGUUUCAGAAGGUGCCAUUUAAGGUCAAAAGGCCGUACUGGUUCAUGCUCCGGUCCACACACACACAAACACACCUUGUCCCCCUGGAAAACACCCCCCGCUGUCUGUGUUGAGCUUUGAACACAGCCCUCUCCUCGUAUCUGUCCCUCACUGCUCCCUCCCUGUCAAACACGGACUGUGGGCUUAAAGCUGCUCUUUGGCGCAGAUCUAGGAUCAAAUCUGGAUCCAUUUUUGGGCUGAAAAAAGCUUUAAGAUUCAUGCCUCAGAGCAACUUUAUCACCAAGGUCGCCGAGCCCUCUCUCGCCUUUAGGUCUUCAUUGCCUGAUGAGGGGCCAUAUUGACCAGUUGAUGUCCAUGUGUAGCAGGGAGUGCCGCAGGGCAGGUAGCUGGGGAACGGCUGAGAUCGGGGUUGCUAGGUGACGCAUCCAGACACUUCUCACAACUAGGUGUGUGUUGAGACGUUGGAAGUUGGAGGGAGAGGUGUGCAUGUGAUCAAACUCCAAGAGUCCAUUUUGUUGUUUUCUGUGCAUUCAGAGGAAAUGGAAGAAGAGCUCCGCUGCAUUUCCGAUGAGGCUCUUCUGUUUUGUUUUUUUUUGUGAACCUCAGGGUUUGAGGGACCGGAUGUAAAGUGUAGAUCUCUCCGGUGGGGAUACCCCCCAGUGAAUGAUACCAAAGUCAAUGCCCUGCCAUGGGAUCCAGCACGAUGCACACACUCCCUAAAACCCUGAGGUCCGCUGGAGUGUUCGGAAACUCCACUUUCCUCCAGAAGAUUCUUUUCCUUUCUCCACACAAUCGCAUCGUCUCCACAGGCUCAGAGAUGUACCUUUACAACAGCAUCUAUAAAAGGAGCUUUAAAGGAAUAGCUUAACUUUUAGGAAAUACUAAUUUUCUUGCUGAGAGUGCAGACGACAUGACUCCAGGAAGUCAUUGCAGCAGUCCAAAAAAUAGCUCCAGCAGCAAAUUGGCAUUUUUACAUUUUUUGUACAGUGUAAACGAAGUACGUAGCGGAGAGAUACCCCAGGUGAACAUAUAGAUAUUACCCAGUUUAUUAUUUACAUUAAGGCCAUGUUUACACAAAAACGAUACACUAAAAACAGAAUCGUUUCUCAUUUUCAUUUUGAAUAAAGUUCCUCGUUCAGACGACAACGUUUUGAUAACAAUCGGAUCCGGAAAAAUGACCAAAAACGCUGUAGUAUACAUGCCAGGCCAGUAGUUGGCAGUGUGACUUUGUAGUAAAACAACACACAACUGUGCAAAUGCGCUUCCUUCUAAAGAGCAAUGAUGUAUAAACAAACAAAAUGGCAGCCGCACGAACAUUUGUCUGCACGGACGACAAGGUGGAGUUGCCACAGUAAAUCUACACUUUGCUGGAGGAGCGUUGAUAAAUUCAAUAGGGUGAGCAGCACAAACAGAGCCCAUUGUUGUUGUGAUGGCUAACUUUCUUGCGCAUGCCUAGUGAUUGAAGGUGGAAGUUUACAUGACAAUGCAGAUGGUGCUGUUUCCAAAAAAUUGCACUCUGGAACCCGUUUUCAAAAAGGCAUUAUAUAAUUAAAUAUGCGCUUUUUGCAUACAUUUCCAAAACAUAAAUCUGAACUAAAAUUAACACCUUAAUGUUUAUUUUGGAUGUUUUCUUUCCACUAGUCUGAAAGAAGACAAAAUAUCCCAAAACCUCAAAAUUGACCAGUGCAUUAAAACUAUGUUUCACCUGGGGUGUCUCACCUUAAAUUACUGAGCAUUAGAGGUACUUGUAGACAGAUUUUGUCAACUGGGGUGCUCCGCACACGUGAAAAAAUCUUCAACACCAUAUUAAAACUAAACUAAAUAUACUGAAUCAGUAGCUUUUAGCUGUGGAGCUCCCCCCACUGGUGACCGAGAGCAUUGUUCGAAGGUCAGCCUUGACUCACAGUACAUUACUGCCUGGUUUAAAGGCUCAUAUGCUGUGAUAACACUGUUACAAAAUAGUGUAAGUGUCUGCUGAGCGUUUAGUCUUUAAAGCAGAGGUUGUACAUGAACAGUUUGGUACUUAAUGUGACAACUUUAAACCAGCGACAGAGUGAAAAUGAAGAAAUGAAGAAUACAGCAACACAUAGAGAAUAUGAAUGGCGAUGAGUUUGCUUCCUGCAUGCGGUGAGCACUGAUGCAUUCACUUAGCUUUGGAAAAAAUGUCAAACUGAACUAAACAAAACUAUUUGAAUCACCAAAGUGAUUCAUGAUUGCCACCUCAGUUGGAUGAUGCCAUGUUAGCCGUUUCCCCCUGUUUCCAGUCUUUAUGCUAAGUAGAGGCAACGAUCCCUUGGCUGUAGCUACAUAUUUACCUCAGUCUUCUCAUCUAAAGCUCGGCAAGGAAGUCCAAAAAUGUCAAAGUAUUCCUUUAAAAUUCAAGAAUCAAUGCUUGAACUUGUCAAGAUAUGAAAACUCCAUUAGAAAGCAAAUACCUCUGGACAUGGAAGCGCGAGAGAUGUAGUUGUUGUCGGAGAAAGUGAGACUUGCCGAACGGAGCAAAGAAAACAACAAACAAACAAGCUGCUUCUUCUUCCUCCACCCACUCUCAUCCACACCACACAUGCUCUUCCUCUCUUCCAUCCCUUUCUUCUUCCUCUCUCUCUUUCUCUCUUCUACAAUACAGCUUUAGUCCAAAGGUUUCUCCAGCAACACUGCAAAGCGAGUCAGAUGUUAAAGAAUAAAACCAAAGAGCUCUAACUUGACCUUCUCUUCAACACAAAGCCUCCACUGCAUCUUUCACCUCUAUCUCUAUCUCUAUCCAUCCAACCCUUUCCUGUUUGCUCUCUCCUCCGUCACCUAGCGAGCCGGUCUUUAAAGCGUUAACCUCGGCUAUCCAAAGGGGAAUAAUAAUAAUGAUAAUAAUGAUAAUUAAGAUGAUGAUGAAAUGUAUAUUUUUAAGUAUUUGUCAUUGGAAAAAUAAUCUUCUCAUAAUUAUGAUGAUCAUGAUGAUGAUGACGACGACGACGAUGAUGAUGAUGAUGAUAAUGAAGUUUCUCUUGGUAUCUUUGUAGCUGUUCUGAUCCUUCUUAAGUUCUCGUCCCUUCUGCUCGUGCUGCCGGAGAGUACAGCUUGACUCCCAUCAGCCCUCUCUCACCCCCCCCACCCCACCCCUCCUCCUCCUCCUCCUCCUCCCCCCCUUUUUCAUUUGGUUCACCCAAUGUUUGGUCCUAACGUCUAUCUGUCUGACCUUUACCCCCAGGUGUUUGUCUAUGCCUGUGUGUGUAUGUGUGAAAGAGUGAACUGUCAAACAUUGACGAGGGGAAGUCUACGAUUUUUUUCUCUGGAAGUGGUUUCUUGUUGUUAGCUGUUAAAGAGGGGGAGGGCUUCUGUCUAUUACAUUUCCACCUGUGGGCGAGCACGUGUGUGUGUGACUGGGUGGGGGUUGCUGGAAAGUGGGAGUGGUGCGGUUCGCUGCAGCAAUUUGCAAAAAACAAGACAAAAAGAUUCCUUGUUUGGACAGCAACAAAGGCCCCACACAGGACUGUCAACUGUAGUGUACUGUUUGCCAACUUCCUAGUACACGUAGCUUCAAUUCCCCCCUGUCACAACAGUCAGUCAGUGUGUGAGUGUGUGUGUAUGUGAGUGUGUGUGUGCAGGUAUGGUUGUAUCACCAUCACACCUCCCUUUGUGUCUUCCAUCCUGUGAGCAGCCCCCCCGUCCUCCCUCCUCCCCUCUCUUCCAAUCCCCAUCUCCCUCUCUGUCUCCCCCCUUCUUCUCCCUUGUGGUAGCAAGUUAGCCUUUUAGUGUAUUUAUCUUGAAAACCAAAAAAAAAAGAAGAAAAAUAACUCUACUUGUUCAUUGUACAGUGUUGUUCAUUUUAAGUCAUUUUUGUAACUGAAAGUGUUUCAUUCAUCCAAAUAAAACAGGAGACAAAAACUGUACAGAU